UCUUAAAUCCAUUAUUUUUUCCACUGUGGUUGUAACCAAUGGUGAUUUGUUGCUCGACUUCAUUUCGAAAUGCAAAUCUCUUGAGAAAGUAAAGUUGCAAAGCACCAGAAGCUCUAGGUACAGUGGAGAAGACAGAGCAUCUUAUGGUAGUAUAAUCCAACAGCAUAAGCUCAAGUCUUUGGAAUUGGUUGGUUUUGGGAGAGACAACAUAUAUAGGCAUGACUUGUGGCCUAAAUUUCCUUGCCUGAAAGAAUUGGUGAUUCACGACAUCGACUCUAACUAUGACUGGAGGGGCUUAAGAAUCUGCAGCCCAUCACUGGAGGUCAUAAGCAUAUACAUGUAUGAAAACAGGAUUACGAAUGGGAGGUUCGAUGUUCCAAAUAUUAGAAAAUUUGAGGUGGUGGGGCUUGAUUUGCCAGAGCUGGAUGAGUUCAGAACAAGUAGUAGUAAUAGGGAAUGGGAGUCAGAUAUACGUGUAGCGUGUGAGCUGCUUACUCCAUCAUGGUGCCCUUCUUUGAGCAAACUCUUGAGGCAGUUGAGCUCAUCCCGAAUAUCUCUAUCUGUGCAUAUGGCUUUUCCUCUUUCGCAUGAUUAUAGUACUGCAUAUGAUGGAGAUGGUUUACCUACACCUGUAGUAGAGAUAUUGAAGGUAUAUGGUGAUGAUCCACAACUGCUACCUGUUUUCCUAAAGGCCUUGCUCCGGAGAUGUCGCCCCAAAUGCUUAACCGCGUUUAAUGAGGUGUACUAUCAAAGGCAUGAUGCUACCUUGAACUGGUAUCCUGCAUUUGAAUGCUAUUAUCGAAGACAUGAAAUAGAUGAGGAGAAAAGAGAUGCUGCACUAUUACAAGUCAUGGACCAGUGAGUUUUGAGGGAGUCAUGUUGUUGUGUACACACCAACUGCAAAAAUGCAUUCAAUUUGGGUUUAAUUAUGUGUUGAGACACAUCAUCUGAUUUGUUCCUUACUGUUUCCAAAUGGUGAAUUGGUAAUAGUAAUUGACUACUA